AGUUUUAUUUUAUUUACAGCUGGAUGGAAAAUCGAUUUGCUGGAUACGAGGUGUAUCUUUCAAACACAACCGUGAGACGUCGUGAAGAUCGCUGUUUCAUCGAUGUAUCACAGAGUGUCGACGACAUCCAAAGUCAUGUCAACCACCGUGAAUGUAAUGGUACAGCACAGUACGUGACGAUAUACAACCACAGGGAAUCACCUAAACGACAAUCGUGGUAUAGUGAUGACGCCCUUCUGGAACUGUGUGAAGUAAAGGUGUAUGGAUGUGAAGUAGGGAAAUACGGAUCUGGAAACUGUGACCAAACCUGUCCCUCCAGUUGUCGGGGCGGCCUGUGUAACCCCAGUUCUGGACAUUGUUUAGACUGCCAAGACGGUUACUACGGAAACAGAUGUGAAUCAGAAUGUUCAAAUACUUGUGGAAGUAAUGUAUGUGAGAAGGUUACUGGAGACUGUACAGACUGUCAAGACGGUUUUUACGGGUUGAGAUGCAGCAUUCAAUGUCCAGCUAACUGUGGCAGUAAUGUAUGUGGGAAGGAUAAUGGAUACUGUACAGCUCACCCAGGUAUCACACCUUUACGCCUGAGUGAGCCCCUCCUAGUCCCUAGCUCUACAG